CUGGGUUCUUAACCAAAUGAGCAGGAGCCAGUUGAUUCAUAUGAAUAGUCUUGGAGAUCUGACGCCAGCUCCAUCUAUGACGAUUCCAAUGGCGCAUUCCUCAAGGCCAACUCUGGGGUUCCCUCUAGGGACGGCACUCCUGAUCUUUGUCAUCUUCUCUCUCAGUGGCAUCUUCUCUUGUUGCUACCACUGGGACAAGCUCCGCGCCUUCCUCCGGUCUCGGCAUCCUGAUGUGAUACUCCAAGAGGUCCAGCACACUGUCAUCUCCAUUGCGUCUCCGAGCAAGACAACAUCUGAUCACAAGGACGAGAAAGCAGGGAAAGAGUGUGGCUUGCCCGUUAUUAUGCCUGGAGAUAAGGUCCCCAAAUUCUUCGCUAGGCCCUGCCCACAUGAGAGGUGUUUGCCUGCAGAAGAGGAGAAGGAAGCUGAGGUGCAAGUCAAAUGUUCUGUUUCACAAUUUAGUUAGUAGCCGUAAAUGAAGGCUAUACCAUGUAUAUAAGCUUGUUAUUAGAACUUCCAAAAAAAAAUGCAUUUCCUCCUUGGUCGUAUGAAGGUAUACGAUUCAUUUCGUUCAUUGGGGUAUAUUUUAUCUUUGGAGUUAGAAAAUUAAGGAUUAUUUCGUUCCCGCAAGCUUUCUGAAUUCAUGGCAUAUAUUCUGGUCACACCCAAAUCUAUGAGCUCAAGACUAAACCAGAAAGGAACAUGAUAAAAUAAUGGAUGGAGACAAAAUUCUUUCUGGGUUUGUGUUUGAACCAUUGGUUGUAUGAAAACUGUAUCGAGCUUCAAGAUGAUCCCAGGUGUGGCCCUGAUGUUAAUACCCAGCUUUUGGUGGUAUGUGGCCAUUGUGAAGUAUGAACUGAACCAAGGUAAGCAAAAAUGGCUACUAUGACACUUAUGUUCAACUCUGCUGGGAACUUGUUGGUUGUUGUUUAUGAAAAUUGGGGGAAAAAACAAGAAUUCAUAAUGAUAUUGGUUAUGUCAUGUUUACAAACAAAGGGGACAUUUUCCUUCUGAAUCUUCUACAUUACUUGGGUGUGAAUGUGUGAUUGAUCAUAAGGUCC